AUGGGCGCAGAAAACGGGCAUGACCUUCGAAGGCCACCUCCACUCCCACCGCGCCAGGCGAGUUCUGCUUCGAUGCCGUCAGAUGCUCCUCCGCCGUACGAGCUCAUAGCUCACCAACAACGGGCGCUUGAUAAGGCAACAACAUCAGCCUCAGCCUCAGCAUCAGCCUCAGCGUCAGCGUCGAAUGCGCAGGACUCAGGCUCUGCGAGUGGUUCUGGCCUUGCGCGUAAUGAUCCCCGCUCGUCCUCUCAACAGUCGCUCUCUCCCGCCCCGGGCGAGCAGAGUGACCGCAGGAGGUUGCUCCUCAUCUACAUUCAUGGAUUCAUGGGCAAUGAGACCAGUUUUCGAAGCUUCCCUGCACACGGUGAGCAGACCCAUCCUCCACGCAACUAGGCCGUCGCAAUCAGCACUUCGCCCAUAGAUCCACGAGUGGGACUCUAACACGUGACAGUCCACCAUCUCUUGACUAUCCUGCUCGCGGAGACACAUGUGGUACAUACCAAAGUAUAUCCCCGCUACCGCUCAAGAAACCACAUCACUGUUGCACGCAAUGACUCCAGUAAGUGGCUCGAGCCUCACGAGAGGGGCUCAACGGAUGUCAUUCUACUGGGACACAGCAUGGGCGGCCUACUGGCAGCCGAAGUAGCGCUCAUGCCAUCUCCUACCCUCAAUGCCGGUCCUCUGAAGCAUCGUAUCCUUGGCACUAUCAAUUUCGACGUUCCGUUCCUUGGUAUGCAUCCUGGCGUUGUGAAGAGCGGCCUCUCGAGCAUCUUCAAGCCCGCAGAAGAGACACAUGAUGCGCAGGCUGCGAGUGAUGCGACUCAGACCCAAAGCGAAGAUGGACUUAGCACACCUCCUUCACGAAACGAUACGCUCUUCGCCCCUGCAAAGCAAGAUCCGAAUUUCAAUCCUGCCUUCACAAACGACGUGGUUCUACCGGUUCGAAAGGGAUGGCGUAACGCGUGGCAUUUUCUGAGCAAGCACUCGGAUGACUUGUACCAAUCAACCAAGAAGCUCGUGUCUUCCCAUCUUGAGUUUGGUGGCGCAAUGGCAAAUUAUGGAGAGUUGAAGGCUCGUUACGCCAAGCUCAGAGCUUUGGAAGAACCAGACACUCGCGUGCGCCAGUCUGUCGUUGAAGGCGGUGUGCCACCUCGCGUUCGCUUCGUGAACUACUACACUGCGAGUACUGGGCGUCCCAAGAAGCCAACCUCGCCAAGCAGGCGACCACCUCCAAGCCCCCAUCGCAGCCGACCGUCGUCCAGAGCUUCGUACUCACGAGAGUCUCUGGAAUCAAGCUUGCCCGGCUCGAGUGGAGCGACAAGGGACCAAAACGAUACAGCAAGUCCAAAGUCUAAUGCAGAGAAGGACACACGAGCUGGUGUCGAAAAUAUAAGCGAUGAGCAAUGGAGUGAUGGCAUGGAGUCCCUUGAGAUCGGAGGAAGCUCCAAAGAUGCCAAGAACGAUACUGCAAGCCCAGCAUCAAUUUCGUCAACGGAGCUACCUGCGAUACCGGAAUCACCCUCACCACCCCCGCCACUUGGUGACUUGAGCUACAUCCAGGAUAAGAACACACGAAAACUUGUCGAAAAGGAGCGCGAGAAGGCAGUCAAGGCCUACGAAAAAGCAUUCAAGGAGCGAAAGAAGAUUCUCGAGCGCCACGCGAGGUCAGAAGAUAAACAAAGGCGCAAGGAAGAGAAGACCGCAGACAAGGUGAAGAAAGCCAAGCAAUCCCUCGAGCAGAAGCCAGAGUCUGAGAUGUCCCACUCGGAGAAGGAAGAGUUGCGCCUUCAUAAGGAGAAGCUGCGAAUGGAGGCAGAGGGGAGAAGGCUCCGAGGCGAGCCUGAGCCCGAAGCGGAAAUAGAGCCCAAGGAUGAGGUUCACGAAUCGGCAACCCAAACCACACCAUUGUUCCGGGGCUUACCCGAAGCCCAGCAUCGGGCGGCUUCGCUCGCUCCAUCUACCGCACCGUCCACGACAACGCAGGAUAGUAGUUUGCUCAGUCCACAAAGGACCGGAGAGACUGUGCCCACACCACCGAAGAAAGACCGUAACUUCUGUGUCAUACCGCCAAGGGAUUCACACGGCGAGCGCGAUCCAUGCUGGGUGCGAGUCUUCAUGGAGAACGUGGAUGAAGUGGGUGCACACUGUGGCCUGUUCUUCGUAGACGAAAGAUACGAACGACUAGUUGGGGACGUCGCUGAGCGUGUGGAAUUGUGGGUUAGGGAAGCUCGUACGUAG